AUGGGAAUUUGGGAGAUCAUUUCUUUGGUGGUCUAUGGGGCAACCAUCCUCUUGGGAUUGCCUUCCAACAUCCUGGCCCUUUAUAUCUUCUACUGCCGGGCCAGGGUUCACCUGACCCCCAACCUCAUCUAUAUGAUCAAUCUUUGCCUCUCUGACUUGGUCUUCAUCCUUUUCUUACCUCUCAAGAUGCUGGAAAAAGGGAAGGUAGACUGGACCAUGCCCGGCUUUCUGUGUCCUCUUUAUAAUUUGAUUCAUUUUGGCACAAUUUACACCAGUGCCUGUUUUCUAACAGCUGUGAGUGUGGGGCGCUUUUUGGGAGCUGUUUAUCCCAUCCAUUAUCAAGCUUACAAAAAACCUCGCUAUUCCUGCCUGGUUUCUGUGGGGAUCUGGAGCUUGGUAGCUUUCCAUGGCGUCCUCCUCUUUGCUCUCGAGACCUCCAGGGACACCAAUUCCAGCCUUUUUGCUGGUAACAGCUCUUCCUGCUACUGCAACUUCAGUGAAGACCAAUUGGCUUUAUUGGCCCCUGUGCGGCUGGAGCUCUCAGUGGUCUUGUUCUUUCUCCCCUUGCUAAUCACAGCAUUUUGCUAUGCUGGAUGUAUCCGUGUCCUGGUUGGGUCGCAUCUCCACCUGCGGAAGAAACGCCGUGCUGUACGGGUGGCGGUGGCCACUUUAUCUGUUUUUGUCCUCUGUUUUGGCCCGUAUAACAUAUCUCAUGUGGUAGGCUUCAUCUAUGGGGAGGACGUUUGGUGGCGCACCGUGGCUCUGCUGCCAAGUGCAUGCAAUGCCUUUCUGGACCCCCUCAUCUUCUACUUCCUUUCCUCUGCCAUGGAUGAUGGGAUUGUACAAGUUUGGCGCUCCCUGAGACAGAAAUGUAGCUCCAUCCGGAUGAAGAUUGUCUUGGCUCAUGGAAAAGCAAGGAGCCAUCAAGGAGACAGUGGCAUUGCCUGA